CGUCCGGGCGCUCCCCCGAUUAGGCUUUCUUCCGAGCCUGACCGAACGAUGGCCGAGCAUGGUCGAACGUAUCCGAAACAUGUGAUUGGUGGAAAGACGACGCGACGACUUCACGCCUCUGUCGAGUAUUUCAAUGGUUUUACAUGUUCAUUCCUGUCGUAAGUUUGACAGCAGGCUGGGUUAUAAUUGCGACCUGUUGUUGAGAACGAUUCUCGUGGUUGAGCCGAAAAAACAUCGCGGAACGUUGGUUAAAGACGCCUAGUGGCUGACAUAUCGGUCAGGCAGACUGGAUGUACGCCUAUAUGAACGCCGACAAGAGAUGUUGAAGUUUAUCAGAGGGAAGGGCCAACAACCUACGACCGAGCGACAGAAAUUACAAAAGGAUCUUUUUGCCUUUCGAAAGACAGUGCAGCAUGGGUUCCCAAAUAAACCCACAGCCCUCGCAUGGGAUCCGAGUUUGCGACUGAUGAUCAUUGGCACGGCAUCCGGCGCUAUCAAGGUAUUUGGUAGACCAGGUGUGGAAUUCUAUGGACAACAUACCAUCGAAAGCGGAGAGAAUGCUGUCACAAAGAUCAUUGCUCUGCCCAAUGAAGGUCGUGUGGUUUCUCUUUGCGAUGACAACUCUCUUCAUCUGUGGGAAAUCAAUGAAAGUUCGGUUGUGGAGACCAAGACGCUAUCAUUGGAGGGUAAGUUGAAGAAAAUUUCCGCUAUGUGCCUGGAAUCGAGCGGCGAGCAUCUUCUUCUGGGAACAGAAGGCGGAAACAUCUAUCUUCUCAAUUUGAAAACAUUCAUGAUGCCUGACAAUAUCAUUUACCAGGAUGUCGUGAUGCAAAACGUGCCAGAUGAUUACAAGAAAAAUCCAGGAGCGGUUGAGGCGAUAGCGGAACAACCAGGUCAUCCAGACAAUAUUCUGAUAGGUUACAAUCGUGGUUUAAUGGUUUUGUGGAACAAAGCGACUCCAGGAGCUCAACAGCUGAUGGGUUUGUUUUCGCGUACGCAGACAUUCGUCUCCACGCAACAGCUGGAAUCUGUCCAUUGGGUUUCCGAGACCCGAUUUGUUUCCUCCCACAAUGAUGGAUCCUAUGCAUUUUGGAGUCCAGGCAGCGAUAGCAUGUUGGAAUCGACUACACCUUAUGGGCCGUUUCCAUGUAAAGCUGUGACUAAAAUUCUUAUUUACUCAACAGCCGAGCUGGGAGAACUCAUUUUAUUUUCGGGUGGAAUGCAACGUGCGAGUUAUGGCGAUCGUCACACAAUUACUGUUAUGGCGAAGGGGAAACAUGUUGUUUUUGAUUUCACGUCAAAAGUAAUCGACUUCUUUACUGUGUUUCCUAAGCAACAGGAUGGAAAAGAUCCACCCGAUAGUCCAGAAGCGCUUAUAGUACUGGCCGAGGAAGAGAUAGUAGCCAUUGAUUUGACUGAUCCUGACUGGAAAAUGAUGGCGUUACCCUAUCUAGUAUCUCUUCAUGCAAGUGCGGUCACAUGUUCACAACACGUUUCCAAUGUUCCUGAAGAAUUAUGGGAAAUUAUUGUCGCAGCUGGAAAGGCACAAACAGAACAUCUAUACUCAGAUAAACCAUGGCCUAUAGACGGUGGAAUUAUUCUUAAUCAAAAGUCAGAGAACAAUAAAUCAAAAGAAUUGUUACUUACUGGCCACGAGGAUGGGACCGUCAGAUUCUGGAAUGCAACUGAUGUUGUUUUAACGCUUCUCUAUAAGUUCAAUACAUCUGUUUUGUUUACUGGUGAACAUUUGGAUGUUCUUGAACAACCAUCGGAAGAUGACGAGAACGAAUGGCCGCCGUUUAGGAAACUUGGAACUUUCGAUCCAUUUUCAGACGAUCCGAGAUUAGGAGUAAAUAAAGUGUUAUUUUGCCCGCUAUCGUCAAAAUUAAUAGUUGCCGGUACAGCUGGCCACGUAAUUAUAGCUUCUUUAUCAGCGAAACCUAAAACAAAGCAAAUUAAACCCAUCACGAUAAACAUUGUAAACGAUCGUGACGGAUUUGUGUGGAAAGGACAUGAUCAUCUUCCGGCAAGAACAACUGACAUAUCUUUUGCAAUCGGUUUUCAACCACAAAAUCUCAUUCAAUUAUAUCCACCGGCUGCGGUUACAGCAUUGGCUAUAUAUGGUGAAUGGCAACUAUUUGCUGUAGGAACGGCUCAUGGUUUAGCCGUUUUCGACUAUAUGAGAGUAAAGUCUGUCACCGUGAAAUGUACACUGAAUCCAAAUGAUCUUUCUGGCGCAGGUGAUACACCGAUCUGUAGAAGAAAAUCAUUCAAGAAAUCCUUAAGGGAAUCGUUUAGAAGAUUAAGAAGAUCACAACGUCGAACAAAUGCUACUAGUCCAACUAGAAACAUGGCAUCUGAAAAAAAGAAAGAAACCUCCAGUAUUGCUUCCUCUCCAAGUGGUGAUCUUUCACCAGUGGAAUUAAAGCCUGUGGAAAGACAAGUGGAAGCAAGACCUGUAGACGAUGCAUUGGGAUCAAUGGUUCGAUGUUUAUAUUUUGCUAAAAGUUACAUUAUAAGCAUGCAAAAUACAACGCCUACACUUUGGGCAGGUACUAAUAAUGGUACAGUUUAUGUUUUCACAUUAGCCAUUCCUGCUGACGGUAAAAGACUAGACGAGGACGUAAAUUGUACAUUAGGAAAAGAAAUUCAUUUAAAGCACAGAGCACCUGUAAUUGGAAUUACAAUUCUCGAUGGAGCUAACGUGCCGUUGCCAGAACCGUUUGAAGUCGUGCAAGGCUUAAGUCUUGGUCCUAAUAUGAUUUCUCCACACAAAGUUGUAAUUGCUAGCGAAGAACAAUUUAAAAUUUUCAAUCUUCCAUCCUUAAAACCAUAUUGUAAAUAUAAACUUACCGCACACGAGGGUUCGCGAGUAAGGAAAACAGGUUUUGCAAAAUUCACGUGUUCAAUGGAACCUGCAGGAACACACGAAGAAACCUGUUUAUUAUGCUUGACUAAUCUUGGUGACUGUUUAGUGCUGAGUAUUCCCGAAUUAAGAAGACAACUUAAUGCCGCUGCCAUUAAGAAGGAAGACAUUAAUGGAAUUUCUUCAUUAACGUUUACGAAAGUUGGCGAGGCGUUAUAUUUGCAUUCAAGUUCGGAAUUGCAGCGAAUUUCGUUGUCAGCCAACAGAGUGACAAAAGCACACUGUGCGUUAAAUUUACCACCAAACGCUAGAUCAUUUCCUGAAUCUAACAAUGAAGAAACUCAAAAGCAGGAUGUGAUCGAAAGUACAACAGUAGAAACGGAAAAUGAAGCAACACAAGGAAGUCAACCAGCUCCUGUACAAAGGAUUACAGAGAAUGGUGUAAUUGGUUCUACCGGUGGCGAAGAAUCUCCUGCAGCAAGUACUAAUGAUGUAAAUGGAGAAGACGAUCGUCAAGACUUAAGUUCUAUUGGAGAUAUAACGAUUGAUAGCGUGAAGGAUCAUUUACUUAACAGUUCACUUUUCAGAAAUGCAACGUCUUCCGAAGAACUUCAUAGUCGUCUUGCAGGACUUAAAAUGGAGGUGACUUCACGAACUUCGGAAAUAUCCACUCAGAAUCAAUCCCUAGUUGUAAAGACCACAACCGUCGUUUCACAAACAACCAACAGUACUACUGCUAAUGGGGAGAUUGAAACAAAUCAAAUAAAUGAAACACAACAAAUGAACAGCACUACGGUAGAAAGAGAGAUACGCAGCGGUACUGAGACUACAACGACACACGCUACCAUUACUCUACCACCAAAUGUCGAGAUUAGUACAGCUGACUUGGCAAACUUGGAGAUAACAACAACUACAGUGACUACUGAAAAGUCAAAAGCUCCAUUGGCAAGGCCUGAAGAAAUUGGAUCUUAGGAAUAUUUCAAAUUGCCCUAUGCCCUACUUCCUGAUUUUAUGUUCUGUACGCAAGACUAUGCAACAAUUAGAUUUUUUGUUACUUACUGGACUCACACAGCGGCGAUAGAUAGAAUUUAUAUAUCGUAGAUUUUUUAAAAAAAUCUAGAUUUAUACGCGGCAUUAACGUUAGCUCUAAAUUAUAAGCAAAUGAAUUUCGAAUAUUGCAGCGACGAAACAUUUGAGAUACAUUAACUGCCAAGAUUGUCGAUAUAUUUUACAUUUUAACAGAACAUUCUCAUUGCAUUUCUUUUAAUAAUUAAUUUUAUAAUUAAAAUUUUUGAUGGUUUAAUAAAACUUGGCCUAGAUAAUUUUAAUAAAAUGCAUUUUAUUUACAGACAAAAGCGUAACAAAUUUUUAAGAAAAAAAUUGUUUCAUCUUGUUUCAUCUGUAGAUCAUCCUAUUAAAACAUUGUUUUAUUAAAUACAA